UGGCGCGAGGGGAGGGAGGUAAACAAGAUGGCGGCAGCCUUGAAGCAGCAGCGGCUGUGAGGAACAGAUGCGAGAAAAUAAGCGACUGAGGAGCAGAAGAGGAGCAGAAGCGCGAGUGUCCGUGUCUCGUCAAGCCGUGCCGGUGAUCGCAGCCUCAGCUCGUGAUAUAAUAGCUGUUGUUCCUCUGGUGGGACACUUACAUCCUCUAAAAAGCACCGUCGGUCUGAUUCAAACACGGUAUUUCAGUCAUGGAUUUCCCGUAAUGCCGAAGUGAAGUCGGUAAUCCUCACCAAAGAGAGCGUUCACGUGCAGCUGAAGAGGAUGCAAGGUCUUCUGCGACUGAAGACUAAUAAAGCCGAAACGAACUGAAACGAAACCACACCAGCGGAUUCUCACAGACUUGUGCAGACGCGGUUUGUUUCAGGUUAUUGUUCGGAUCUGUUCGCGAUGCUUCGGUUAAACCGCAGCAGGUGUUUAUCGAUUGACUGAUCUUCCUGAUCUCCACUACUCCUUCGGAAAACAAAUAUUCCUGUCGAGCAAUCAGUAAGAGCGCGGGAUCGGCGGAGGGAGAGCGUGAGCCCCGGGAAGAUGAGUUUAGGUGGAGAGCUCCAGCAUCUGGACUACCUGACGGAGAACGAGCUCAUGGACACCUUCAUCCACCGCAUCGACUCCACCGAGGUCAUCUACCAGCCCCGACGCAAGCGCGCCAAGCUGAUCGAGAAGUACCUGAUGGGGGAUCUGCUCGGGGAAGGGUCCUACGGGAAGGUCAAGGAGAUGCUGGACUCGGAGACUCUGUGUCGCAGAGCCGUUAAGAUCCUGAAGAAGAAGAAACUGAGGAGGAUUCCCAACGGAGAGGCCAAUGUGAAAAAGGAGAUUCAGCUGCUGAGACGAUUACAGCACAAAAACAUCAUCCAGCUGGUGGAUGUGCUGUACAACGAAGAGAAGCAGAAAAUGUAUAUGGUGAUGGAGUAUUGUGUCUGUGGAAUGCAGGAAAUGUUGGACAGCGUUACAGAGAAGAGAUUUCCUGUAUUUCAAGCUCACGGGUACUUUUGCCAGCUUCUGGAUGGUCUUGAAUACUUGCACAGCCAGGGAAUUGUACACAAAGAUAUUAAACCAGGGAAUUUGCUGCUCACU